AUGUUUAUUACACGACUAAUAAAGUCUGGCCGUUCUUCAUUAGGCUCAUCUUGGCACCUUGCUACAGACACCUUGUAUAAUCAUUUUGGGGAUGGUCAGGCUUCACACGGCGGCUGUCAGCACCAGCAACAAAAAGAAAUGCACAACCGUCACCACCUUCAUCACAAGCUAACUCUGCAACCUCAGUCACAAAAACGAGUAAAUAAACAAUGCUUAGGUAACCAGGACGAUGUAGCGUCAGAGGCAGGGAUGCCUUAUCAUCAGGCUUCAUCGAAGAGACUUAUAAACAACCAAGCAGAUGGACCUCCUCGGCUUUCCGAGGAUGAAACUACUGGUUCCAAGUCUACAGAAUUUCAGACUGAUUCUCAUCGUCAGGGAUUACCUGAUGAACAACAGUACUACGAGGAACUCCCCGCUCUUCCAACGAGUCUUGUUCCACUUUUGCCGCAUAGUCAUCAGGGCAAUCGUUAUCGGCCCCAGAACCGGCCGCGACGCUUCCGUCCCCGGGCCACCACACUUGCUGGUGAGCCAGGUUCCUCAUCCCUUAAUGACACUGCUCCCUAUGGAACACAAGGCUUGCAGACGCGGGCACUGGAGCUUGAGCCCGGCUCCACGCUAUGCAUUCAUUCUGGUUCAAGGUUCGUCAUGCGGCCCGAAAACUGGACUGGUCCAUCGCUCAGCUUCUCUGGUAGUGAUGUAGGGAUAGUCUCACAGACCAACUGCCCGUGCGGAUCUACUGACUCCCUUGGUUCCUCUAUGAACACCGAGCUUCUUUCUACCCCAUCUACCUCUUAUGCUUCUCCCGUUUCCCUCAUCUCGCUGAAACGUAGCCCCACCUCCGCUUUCCAACUACCUGUCCCCUCCGAGUAUUUAGGUUCCGAGCUUACGGAUCGGCCCUGCUUAACUGAGGCCAUGUCCCAAACGUCUGAUGCAGAAGUGAAAGUCACUGGCUCUUCUUUAAAGGGGCAAAAAAGUGGCUUCAAUUUUCAUCAGGCCAUUAUGCACAGUUCCUCGCGAGCCUAUGGAGCUCGAAAAAUCCACUAG